AUGGAAGAGCAGGAAGAAAGAUGUGUCCUGCUGAUCCAAGAAGCACACGAGAAAGUCGAAGCCGGUCAACUCGACGAGGGAAUUGCGCGACUACUGCAAGCAGUCUCGAUCGCGGAAAACGGAGAGCUCCGAGCGAGCCUUUAUGCGGAGUGCGCGAACUUUUACGAGAUGAAGGCCAAUGCUUCCAAGGACAAGACGGAGAAGCAUGAAGCAAUUCGAGAAGCGAUGCGGAUGCUGGAAAUGGAAAAAGAGCUAUACAUCAUUCUGAAAAACAACGCCAAUCAAAUGAAGACGCUCUACGUGCUGGGUGAAUUGGCGGAAGUGAACGACUCAUUGGAAGCGAUUAUCUACUAUCAACAAGCUAUCGACAUUGCGAAGACGAUUGAAAAUAAGGAAAUGGAAUGCUUGUCGCAGCGAUCACUUGGCAAUUUUCAUCGACGAAAGGGAAUGCACGUUAAGCGACAAUUCGCCAAUUUGCAAUCUGUGCAAUGCGAAGAAGGAAACCCAGCCGACGAGUUCUACAAAAAGGCGAUCACCCACUUGGAGCAGGCGUUCACCAUCGCCAAAGAAGAGCAAUUCGAGGAGGAGAUCGGAUCGAUCACUGGAGACUUGGCCGACUGCUAUGCACAGCUGCGAGAGUACGAACGGGCAAAGAUUCUCUUUACUGAGCGUCUCCGAAUGGCCGAUGACAUGAAAGACCGAGUGGCGAUGAGACGGGCCUACGACUCCUUGGGAAACAUCUGCUUGGCGAGCAGGGACUUUCGUGGCGCCAUUCAAAACUACCGGGUAGCGCUUGCGUUGGCAACUGAGUUGGGCGACAAAGUAGCAAUGGGACGACACUACAUGUCGUUGGCAAGCGCCUGUGCGGAUGAAAACCAACUCGAAGAAGCCACCGACUACUACGUCAAGUCAAUAAAAGAGAACAGGGAAUGUGGAAAUCUGUCAGGAGAAUGCAAGGCGUACAAGGAGUUGGGGCGUUUGAUGGUGACUGAAGGAGCUUUUCCACGAGCCGGCUACUUUUACGCAGUGAAUAGGCGGUUGUCAAAAAAGAUUGGCGACAAGGAACAACAAAGUGCCGCCCAUGAACAAUUGCACGAUUUGAAAGCGCAAAGAAAAGUCGAUGUGGAAGAGGGCAAGCUCGUUUUGGAUUCGUCGGCCGAUCCCACUCCAUACACAAUAAACUUGUCCGAAUCGCUUCGCUCACUAUUUCUGGAAGAUGUCGAGGCGGGAAAUUGUAACGAUUUUUCUGCAAACAUUUUCUCGGAGACGCAGUCUUUCAAUCAUUCGAUGAGCAGCUUAGGAAAUCAGAAUCAUCGCCUCGUCCAACCACGACAAGCUGAUCUCUUCGACUUAAUCGAACAGAUGUCAUCUCGACUUGAUGAUCAACGCGUUGAAAUGCCGUCAAUUGGAGUUGUUGGACGUCCAUCGCUUGUCUCCAUCUCAUCAGCACCAAAUCAACUCGUACACAGGCGACAAUCAUCGGUAUUAAAGCGAGUGAAAAGCUCCCUCUUCGGAUCCAAGACGGCCUUGACUCCACAAAUGAAUAAGAAGAAAGGAUCACUUCUCUCCGUAAAAUCGACAAAAUCGCUGCGCGCCUUCUUCGACAGAAGUAAAUCGCGGUCUUCACUCCGAUCAGAGACAGGAAGCAUGCCAAUUCCAAAAUUGGAACUAGAGAUAUCGAGAAGUGGAUCGGGAAAAAUGGAUGGAGGUUUGUUCCGAGUGCCAGAAGUGCCGAUGAGAGAUGCCAAUCGAAAGACGCCAUCUUCAUCAAAACGAUUCGGCGACGGAUCGGCCAGCAAUCAAAACCGGUGGUCACCACAAAGCAUUGGAUCUUUUGCUAGUCAUGGCUCAAGCUUGGACAACGCGUCAAUGCUUGAAGAAAUUGAGGGUGAAGAGGCCGGAGAGCAACGAAUACCAUUUGCGACAAGCACUCCUGUUGCACCGCCUAGGAAAAACAAGUUGAAUCGAAGCACAUCAGUACCUAUGGCGAACAUAGAUGAAGUGGACGACAUUGAGAACGAGCCACCAAUUGGAUCAGUGCCCGAAAUCGAUCUGAAAGACGGCGAGAAAAAGAAGAAACGAGCAAUUCCAUCAUUUCCGCGCUUCUCGUUGACGAAUCUCGGCUUUGGCAAGAAGAAAUCGAGGGAUGAACAAGCGUCACCACAACAACAA